CCUCAUUCGCUCCCAAGCACACUCCCCUCUCUCUCUCUCUCUCUCUCUCUCCCAUCCCCCUUUUCCCAGAAAUUCCAACCCAAUUCAAACUCUUCCAAACCCUCCAUAAUUUUCGGAAUCUCAUUGAUCGUCGUUCAUAUCCGUGACCUAUAAUUCUAUCCAAUAUUGUUGUUUGUAUUAAGAGAGAAAAAAGAAAAAAAAAAAAAAAAAAAAAGAAGAAGAUAAAGUUUGGUUGAAUGGCGGACUCGGACAACGACUCGGGAGGCGGGCACAACAGCCCGGGAGGGUAUACGAAGAGCGAGCUGUCACCUCGGGAACAGGACCGGCUGUUACCAAUUGCCAACGUCAGCAGGAUCAUGAAGAAGGCGCUGCCGGCCAACGCCAAGAUCUCCAAGGACGCCAAGGAGACCGUGCAGGAGUGCGUCUCCGAGUUCAUAAGCUUCAUCACCGGCGAGGCCUCCGACAAGUGUCAGCGCGAGAAGCGGAAGACCAUCAACGGCGACGAUUUGCUCUGGGCCAUGACCACCCUCGGCUUCGAGGAGUACGUCGAGCCGCUCAAGGUGUACUUGCAGCGGUUUAGGGAGAUGGAGGGGGAGAAGAGUAGCAUGGCCGCGCGUGAUAAGGACCCGACCGGCGGGGUUGUUGUGUUUGAGGGCGCUGGGAGUGGCGGCGGCGGCGGUGGUGGUGGUGGUGGUGGAGGGGGAGGAGUCUAUUGGCAGCAUCCGCCGCAGCAGCAGCAGCAGCAGCAGCAGGGACACGUGUACGGCGGUGGCGGGUUUCAUCAGAUGGGAGUUGGUGGGGUUGGGAUUGGAAAGGGUGGGCCCGGGUCCAACAUGGGUAGGCCCAGAUGAUUGAUUAUAAAGCUACUUCUGCUUUUGGAUCCCCCCGUUUAUAAUUUCCAUUGCUAAUUUGCUGAGUGGAGUCUCAAACACUCUCUGUAGACUCCCUUCUUGUUACUAUUUAGUGUCCUGGAUUAAGAACCUUCUAUUUAUAAAAAAAAAAAAAAUAGCUUGUGAAUUUUAGUAGUUCUUGUA